AGGAAAAAACAAGGGUGGAGAAAUGGAGAGAUGCUUUGAGACAAGUGGGCAACCUCGCUGGAUGGCAUUUAAAGGAUACUAGGCUUGAGUCACAAGAUAUCCAAGAAAUCGUGGGUUGGAUAUCGAUCAACUUGAAAUAUGAUCCAUUCCCAUAUAUUACCAAGGACCUAGUAGGGAUAUAUUCUCAACUGGUAGAAUUGGAGUCAUGUUUAGCUCUAGGUUCAAAAGAUGUCCUCUUUAUAGGGACUUGGGGGAUGGGAGGGAUCGGUAAGACAACUCUUGCUAGAGUUGUUUAUCAUAUGGUUUCUAAAGAAUUUGAAGCUCGUGGUUUUAUUGAGGAUGUUAGGGAAAAGUUUGAAAAAUAUGGUUGUGUUAAACUACAAAAGAAAAUUAUUAAAAAAGUUUUGAUGGAAAAGAAUUUGAAAAUUGAAGAGGAGUGUGAUGGAGUUCUCAAGAUUAAGAAUAGGUUAUGUCGUAAAAGAGUUCUUCUUGUUCUUGAUGAUGUACAUGAAGUGAAACAAUUAAGAAUGUUAGCAGGGGAGCGUAAUUGGUUUGGUCCGGGUAGUAGAAUUAUCAUAACAACAAGAGAUGCACAUGUGCUUAAAGCACAUCGAGUAAAUGAAAUAUAUGAAGUUAAAGGAUUGAAUGAUGAAGAUGCUCUUCAACUUCUUUGCUUGAAAGCUUUGGAAAAAGAGCAUGACCUUGAUGAUUAUAUAGAGUUGUCUAACCAUUUUUUGAAUUAUGCUAGUGGCCUUCCUUUAUCACUUGAGGUUUUGGGUUCCUUUUUGUGUGGAAAAAGUACUGUUGAAUGGAAAAAUGCAUUAGAGAGACUCCAAAAAUUUCCUAACGAAUCAAUUCUCCAAGUACUUGAAAUAAGUUUUAAUGGACUCCAAAAAUCACAGAAGGAAAUAUUCUUGCAUAUUGCAUGCUUUUUUAAUAAUCAGAGGAAAGAUUAUGUAUUAGAAAUACUAGAUAUUCUAGGCCUUUACCCUAUUAUUGGAUUGAAGGAACUCACUGAUAAGUCUCUCUUGAAAAUUAUGGAUAAUGAUGUAGUGUGGAUGCAUGAUUUACUUGAAGAAAUGGGCAAGAACAUAGUUUGUCAAGAGUGCCUUGAUUAUCCUGGGAAGCGUAGUAGACUAUGGGAUUAUGAGGACAUUAACGAAGUGUUAAAAAAAAAUAAGGUAAGAAGUUAUUUAGAAAAUUUGAGCUCAUUCCCUAUCUUCAUGUUUAACAAAUUUGGAAGUUGA